AUGGGCGCCGCCGCCGGAGAAGGCGACUUCGCCACCCCAGCCGCCCCGCCGGCCCCAGCGCGGGCGGCUGGCGGCGGGGUGUACCAGGUGGGCGGCGUGCCGGUGGAGUUCCCCUACAAGCCGUACGGGACGCAGCUGGCCUUCAUGGGCCGCGUCAUCGCCACGCUGGACCGGGCGCGGCGGCAGGGCCGCUCCCACGCGCUCCUCGAGUCGCCCACCGGCACCGGCAAGUCGCUCUCCCUCCUUUGCUCCGCGCUCGCCUGGCAGCGCCACUACCCGCUCCGCGCCCCGCCGCCGCCCCCCGCGGCAGACCCCUUCCUCCACGGCGGCGGGUUCGUCCCGGACGACACCCAGAAGCAGGCGACUCCCGGCGUCGCGGAGAAGGCGCCCAAGAAGAAGAAUGUCCCGACCAUAUAUUACGCGACGAGGACGCACGCGCAGAUAACACAAGUGGUCCGGGAGUACCGCAAGACAUCAUACCGAGUGCGCAUGGCAAUCUUGGCCUCAAGGAAGCAUUAUUGUGUUAAUAAGAAUGUGUGCAUGAGUGGCAACAUCGAUGAGCUAUGCAAAUCACUCCUUGAUGACAGUGCUCAAGGCUGUCCAGAAUACAAGAAUGCACAGAAACUAAGUCGGCAUCCAUCCCUUCAGAUUGGUGGCUGCUACGAAGUUCAUGAUAUUGAGGAUCUCGUCAGAGUUGGACGGAAAGUGAAGGGGUGUCCAUAUUUUGCUGCACAAACCAUGGCUGAGGCAGCUCAACUGGUUUUCUGCCCAUAUAACUAUCUAAUUAGUCCAAUCGUGAGGAGAGCAAUGGACAUUGAUGUCAGUGGUUCAAUCAUUGUUCUUGAUGAGGCACACAAUAUAGAAGAUAUAGCGCGUGAUGCUGGAAGUUUUGAUGCUGAUGAGGAAUCACUUCUCUCUUUGCAGCAAGAGCUGGAAAGCUUAUGCACUGAUGAGGCUGUUGCAAUGAUAUACGAACCCUUGCUUGGAGUUAUUGCGGGGCUUAAUAAUUGGAUUGAUGAGCGGGCAAAUGGUCUUCAAAACAAUGAGUUUGAGCAUCCUGCUUCAUUUUGGACCGGUGAAGAGGCUAUGAAGGAACUCCAGUGUGCUAGUAUUACUCCUGUCUACUUCCCCAUAUUGCAAGAGUGCGCAACAAAGGCAGUUAAAGCUGCUUCAGAUGCUGAAUCAGAUGGAGCUCACUUAAGUGGUGGUUCAGCUAUGACACUAGAGAGUUUAUUCUCCUCAUUGAGCUACUUUUUUGCUGAGAAUGGAUGCCAUUCAAAUGAUUAUCAACUUGCUUUACAGCGUUUUGCUAAACGUGAAGGCAAUUCUGUCAUUGGAUGGAAAUGCUUGAUGAGUCUGUGGUGUCUCAAUCCUGCUGUUGUUUUUCGAGGCAUUGCAGAUCUAAGCCUUUCAGUAAUUCUCACAUCUGGCACACUCUCUCCGAUGGGAUCUUUUGCAUCUGAACUUGGUGUCCUGUUUGAUGCUUGCAUGGAAGCUCCUCAUGUAAUCAAUGUUGAUUCUCAGGUUUUUUCAACUGUUCUAUCAUCUGGCCCAACAGGACGUCGACUAAAUGCCAGUUAUAGAACUGCCAAUGAACAUUCUUUCCAGGAUGAACUUGGAGCUACACUAGAAGAAAUAUGCAGAAUAGUGCCUGGUGGUGCUCUUGUGUUUUUUCCUAGCUACAAUUUGUUGGAUAAACUACAAAGACGCUGGUCUCAGACAGGCCAAUGGGCGCGAUUGGAGGCUCAAAAGCAUGUAUGCGUUGAACCUAGGGGAAGUACUGAGGAACUCGAACCUGUCCUAAAAGGAUAUUAUAAUGCAAUCCUUGGCAAGGCACCCCCAAAGAAAGGCAGAUGUGCAAAACAAAUAUUGAAGAAUCGAGUGACAAAGGGUUCAUCACAGGACUCUGCUAAAGGAGCUGCUCUUCUUGCAGUUUGUCGUGGAAAGGUAUCCGAAGGGAUUGAUUUCUCUGAUGACAAAGCUAGAGUUGUGGUUAUUGUUGGGAUUCCAUUUCCAAAUAUAAAUGAUGUUCAAGUAAAGCUCAAAAAGAGAUUUAAUGAUUCAUACAAAUCACCAAAAAAUCUGUUAAGUGGGAAUGAAUGGUACUGCCAUCAAGCAUUUCGUGCGCUAAAUCAAGCUGCAGGUAGAUGUAUUCGCCAUAAAUUUGAUUAUGGAGGCAUAGUUUUGAUUGAUGAGCGAUAUCAAGAAGAAAGAAAUCUUGUGUAUAUUUCUAAAUGGCUUCGGAAUUCAAUUCGAAAUUGCAGUACCUUCCAGGAGACAUUGGAUGGAUUGGCAAGGUUCUUUCAAAAUGCUGAGGAACAUAUAAAAAUCAAAGGUCAAGAUGUGUCACCUAAGGACACGUUGGAUGCUUGUGUACUCCCAUCUUAUGGCGAUAAAAGAAAGCUGCUGUGGGCAGAAUCAAAUUUCUCAAACCAAAUAGAACUGCAAGAUGUUAAGAGUGAGUGCCACAGUGGAAAGGCUUCAAAAAUUGAUGGUGCAGCAGGAGUUGACCAUAUGAAGUUGCCCGAUACAUCAUCAGAGGCAUGGCAUAUCUCUUCAAAAGAUUCUGGUUCAGUAAGGAAACAAAUCUCCCCAGUACCAGAAAAUCUUCCAAUAGCAUGCCAACUCCGUCCCUCAUACAAAGUUCAAAACAAUUUAGAAGACAAAGCAGAUGAUGGGACAAAUUAUGAAGUAAAAAUUAAUGUUAUUGACUUGGAAGAGUGUGAUGCUAAACCACGGUAUGCAAAACUAAUUAUCUUCAAUCCUUCAGAACACAUAACACAGCAGUCUACUGUUUUGGAAGAAACUUAUGCAUCGCCAAUUGCUAGUCCCAGCAAUCAUUCUGAGGCAAACACCGCUACAGUGAAGGAAGGAGAUCCAACUUUGGAUCUGCCCAUUUCGCUUUCAGCUGCUGACAGAAACAUUUCCUGUGUGUCCACAUCAGCAGCUACUCCUGAAAGAUCAAGUAGCAGAAGCCAGUUGGAGCAUGAAUCUUGGACUAACAGAAGUGUAAAUUCUCACUUCCAGAAAAGGAGAAAGUUAAGCUCCCCUAUGAGCUGCUGUACCUACACAGAGCAUUCCCCAAGCAAACCUUUCUUCCAAGGUAGUUGUGAUGUGAGCAUGUUGCCUGGAGAUCUGAGAACUGAUGGAGUGUGUUGCAGGAGUACUGAAAUGUCCAGAUGUGAAAAUAUUAAGGUUGAAAGAAACAAGAAGCUUGUAGAGUUUCCAUCGAGGGUAUCUACGCAGGAAAAGCUUUUCCUUUGUUGCGCUAGAUGCAAAACAGCACUUGGACUACAAGAGGAUGGCUUUCUUGUUUCAUGCUCAUCGUCUUUAUCCUCAAAAUUUUUCUUGACACAUUUGUGGAGACAUGGAACACCAGCAGACAUCCUGACAGGAAAAGAUUUUUCGGCACCAUCACCCUUGAAGAUAAAAGUGAUGAUAUGCAAUGUAUCUUCACUGAACAAGAUGAUCCUUGGCAACUUGAGGAAUGAAAGUUCUGCUCAUAACUCUGGUAUUUGGUCUGAAAAGGAUGGAUGUGUGUACAAGGCAGUAACAUGUCAUACUUGUUGUAAAAAUGGAUGUGUCACGACCCUCGGAGCACAAGUUGUUGCAACUGAUUCGUCAAAUCAACAAUUUUGUGACAAGGUGCUUUUGUUUGAUGAUCUUCUGUAUGUCAAGCACAGACCAUCGAAGGAUCAGCCUGCAAGUGCUCCCAUAAAUACUGUUAAACCUAUCCUGCCACCGCCAGUGAUUGAUCUCGAGUCCUUUGCGUACAAGCCAUUGAAGAAGGAUCCUGUGGCAGUGAACACAAGAAGGUCUAAGCUUAGGUUACCUGGCACAGCUAAAUCCAGGAAUGGUGCAUAAUAUGAAGGAUUCGUAGGUAUGCUCUAUGGUUUGGAAGAACUGGGAAGUCUAGUGCACGCCCUGCGGCACACUUCACAUGUGAAUACGACGACAGUGGCCAUGAGCAUUCCUUUUCUUAUUCCCAUUUUGUAAGGAAAUAUGGCAUGCCUCUACUGUGACAAUCUCUACGAUCAGCAUGCUUUUUUUGUGAGUUUAAGGGCUGGUAUGAAAUACUCCUAUAAAAAUAUAUGGUGCCUAUAUGAUGUCAAUGCAAAUCUGUGUUUCAAAUGGAUUAGAUAUUAUAAACUGCAAGGCAGCUGGGGAAAUUCUCUGCUGGCUGCCUUCCUUGAAAGUUUAUCGAAAUGGCAUAUG